AUGAUAUACUCACUUUGGAUCUUUGACAGGCAUUGCAACUGCAUAUUCGAUAAAGAGUAUACAGUAAAUCAGUCAACAUCCAUUGUAAACUCUAAAGAACAACAAUCCAGAGGAAAACUCAUAUAUGGUAUGGUGCACUCAUUAAAAGCGAUGUCCACAAAGAUAGCACCAGGUAACACACUUCGAACACUAACAACCGGAAAAUAUAGAAUACACGCACUAUUCACGGCAUCUAACCUAUGGAUUGUUAUCUUUUCUGAUUUGACGCACCAUGAAUUGCACGAAAGAUUGGAUAAAAUUUAUGAAUUAUACUUAAAAUAUGUGGUACACAAUAUGCUAAAACCGAUUGAUUUGAGAGAAUCUGAGAAUGCUAAGGAAAGCGAUAAGAUUACGAGCCCUUCGUUUAUAAAGGCUGUAGAUCAAGUGCUAUGUUUAUAG